AUGCCUUCCCGUGCCUCGACUUUGCGCGACCGCCGACCUCGACCCGACGACCCUUACCAACCCGUUGCGCGCGCGUUCCGGCCUGGCCAACCCGGCGCAGGAUUCGCCGCCGCCGCCCAGCGCUUCGUCCUCGAACGCGCAGCGUACGACCGCCGUCGGCAGGCGACGCUCAACCUCAUCCGGCGCGGUGCAGAUGCCGAGCGGGUGCGCGCCGAGGCGGCGAGUGCGCUCGUCCGCUUGCGGAACGAGGAGGCGCAGCGUGUCGCGGGCCUGUCACGAGAACAGCGCGAGAUGGAGGAGCAGAUCGAGGAAUGGUUGGCCGGGUUGACGCCCGAGGAGCAGCAGGAGCAGAUCCGGCGGGUCGAGGCGGGUGAGCCGACGGGCAGCAGCUGA